UGGAAGUCGGGGAGACAUCUAAAACAAAUAGACACAGCACUACCCGGAGCACAUGUCAAGCUACGAUCGUUUCUGAAGAAGAUUGCAAUCGAAGAGAGUGAUCAGUGCGAAUGCAGUCAAGGGAGAGAAGACACACGUCACUUUCUAUUGCAUUGCCGCAGGCAUGAACACCUGCGUGGAGACGUGAUCAAGGAAGGUCAAGGUAGGUACGGCGACCUGUCAUAUAUGCUUGGCGGGAGAUCGCCAUAUCUGAAUCCGGAUGGGUCCAGUCCUGACGGACCAUUAAAAGAUUGGAGUCCCAAUCUGGACAUGGUUCGCACGGUAAUCAAGUAUAUUUGCUCAGCUAGAAGUGGGGCUACAUAG